CAGGCAUGAUUUCUCUAGUCAGCUAGCAGUUGAUCCAGCUUCCAGUCACCAUGAAGGCUCUCCUGACUCUCGGGCUCCUCCUGCUUUCUGUCAGUGUCCAGGCCAAGGUCUAUGAACGCUGUGAGUUCGCCAGAGCUCUGAAAAGGAGUGGAAUGGAUGGCUACCGUGGAGUCAGCCUGGCAAACUGGGUGUGUUUAGCUCAGCAUGAGAGCAAUUAUAACACACGAGCUACAAACUACAACCGUGGCGACCAAAGCACAGACUAUGGGAUAUUUCAGAUCAAUAGCCGAUACUGGUGUAAUGAUGGCAAAACCCCAAGAGCAGUGAAUGCUUGUGGGAUACCCUGCAGCGCUCUGCUACAAGAUGACAUCUCUCAGGCCAUACAAUGUGCGAAGAGGGUUGUGAGGGAUCCCCAAGGCAUUCGAGCAUGGGUGGCAUGGCGUACACACUGCCAAAACCGAGAUCUGUCCCAGUAUAUUCGGAACUGUGGAGUCUGAACACUGUGUGCUUGUACUGCAGCUCAUUCUGUCUCUCAGUAUAGGAGUACCUCACUUUCCCCUCAAACUAACAGGACUUUAGUAGAAACAGGACAAAACAGAGACUUCUUCCUAAGGGGCUUAAGCUGAUACUGUGUUCCCUGUGUUGUGCGAAGUCCCCCUCCCCCUUGUCAGUCAGCUCAUGCACUGGAUGCUGCUGACAGUCAUCCAGCACAGUGACUGCCAAACACACACCUCUGUACAUCAGUUCUUCACCCAGGAAAUGAUUCACAUUGAGUUCCAUCAGAAUUCAUCUUGAUCAGCCCCGUGUUGCAUAAAAAUACAACUAUUUAGAGAAGAGUCGAUCUUUGGAAAAUGGCAGUUGUGUGAGUCCAGGGCUUUGUGCAGGCUCAGCACCCAGUUAGAGCAGCCUCUGUCGUGAGCUAGGAGUGUUUUUUAGGGCACAGGACUCUCAGUGGAUGAGAACUGAGACUGUCUGAACUCAGAAACUUAUCAUGAAAUAUGUGACCUUUCUAGUGUCUUUCUACAGCUGGCCCAAUUAUUCUGCUUAAAAACUAAGUUCUCAGCUCAUGUGUCAGUCUGUUUAACUCUUGAGAGGAUGUUCCCAGUUUUGUGAGGUAUUUAGAAGGGACUAGUGAGCAGUGCUCAUCCUGAUUUUCUUAAGUAUCUUCCUGCAUACUAACUAACCCUGAGACAGAUGAGCUUGUAUCAGCAAAUGACCACAGGAGCAAAUCUAAUCUCAUAGUGAAAAAGUGCAAAUAGCAUUAAAUGAUUUCCAAUGCA